CCCCAGUGAAACCAGUAUCAGGUCACGGUCUAACGCCGAUAGCAUAUCAAGCACAAGCAUGACGGACAGUGUACCGUCCAUUUCCAACAUGCGCACUGCUGUCUAUAUUGCAACUUGUGCAGAGCCGGAUCAAUUCUCAUGCGACGUCCAAAACGUGAAAUGGAAAUACACUACCCAUAAUACACCAGUCCACAUGCACAUGAUGGAAAAUGUACCAGAUGGUGCCAUGCUUCCUGUUGCUGGGCUGCAUGAAGCAGGCCACGAGGAGCGGUCACGUUCAUUGCUAAUACAAAGGCAUCCAGCAAGCAUACAAACGAAAGACAGACACCCCAACUGCACUUGUUCUAACAGUGAAGCUAUCCGCGCACUGCAGUAUGAAGUCUCCCAACUGAAGAGGCUGCUGGAAGAGAGUCUGCGUCCUCUGGCUCACCUGGCCAAUUUAAACACACGUGAGAGGAGAGUCUGUGCCAGGCCAUCUUCCAGCCGCCAGAACCGAUCAUCUUCUAGCAGAUGUUUGAAUAUGGACUUUCAGAAAGUGGAAGACUGGAUUUCGACAGAUGUUGAGUCCAGUAGGAGCAAAGCCUCCCUAGAGAACCUGUCUGUGGAUACAUAUCAGUCUAGAGGCGGUUACAGCCAUCGAAGGUCCAGUAACGCCGAUGUUAGGCCUGCUAGUCGUCAUAGUGAGGCUAGCAGAGCCAUUACUGGGCCCAUCAUGCAUGGCAACAGUACCAAUCUAGGUCUCACCUUUCACAGAAACCCAGCUGGCACAAACACAGAAUAUAUCAGAUCCUGCUUCAGUCUGCCUUCUGGUUUUAAGGUGAAGGAUCGUCAGUCAGAGCCAGAGGGGACGAGGAGACGUUCUACCCAGUCUGACUCGGCACUACUGCAAAGUGAUGUUUAUUCUGACUGCGCAGCAACUCUACCCAUCUCACCCCACAGGAGCAGGCAGAGGACACAAAGACACAGAGCCAGCAAGGAGGAGGCUAUAAACAGUACUCUGGAUAAAGCUCUGGAAGCAGUUUCACUAAUGAAACAGACGACCGAUCGCAUGGCUAAGACACUCUCGGAAGAUCUGACCAAGGCUCGGAUCUACAGGAAGCUUCACAGCCAACAUCUCAGUGAAAGAAAAAAGACUUAACACAUUUUCUUGUUUUAUCCUCCCUAUUUUACCUUGUUAUUUAAAAAAAACAACCUUAAUACAAGCUUAAUUUGUUGUAACAAAUGUAUUUAUAGUAUUGGAUUUUAUAUAAAGGUGGAAUA